AUGGCCUUGGUGGCUGAAAGAGACGUUCUCCGUGGUAUGGGGCGUGGUCGCCAUCCUGGAAAUCAGUACUGGAGACAACUUGUGAGAGAUAGUUUGGUUGUGUACAAUGGUGCAAAUAGGGACGACAGAAUGCUUAUGGCAAGCUUGAUUGUCUUGGAAGUGCAAGAUUCUGGUGGCCGUUUCUUGGAGCACGAUGACAACGUAGCUUAUUUGGAGAUGUCAAAUGAAGAUGCAGCGCGCAUGACAAGGCAAUGCUUCAUAAACCUGCUCUAUCGAAUGAGACAUAUUAAUGAUGCAUCACGGUUUUUCAACAAUUGGGCCAACGGGAAUGUUGACCAGUUGUGUGAUACACUACGAACAACUCGCAUAGUGAAAGACUUAACUGCCAAGUUCUCCACCAAUGCGAAUUUCGCAAAGUUGGUUGGGGCCUUGAAGGAAAACAAGUCGCUCAAGAAAUUUUCUCUGGACCUCAACAAUAACCACCACCACCACCAUGAACAUGUCAUGGUUCUGACUUGCAUCACCGCAAGUUCCAUCCCGUACACCAGCCACAGUAGAAGAAUACAAUAUACGCCUCCAUUGGCUUUGCUGGAAUGA